UGGCAGUGGCUGUUUGUUGCAGUCGGCUACGCCCUGAGGCUCACCAAAACCAGCCACAAAAACAACCAUUUCCUCUCCAUUGAGAGAUAGGAGGGAAAAACUUCCUUGCAGCAGAGAUUCCGCUUUCCUGCUUCUGCCGCGCACGGCUCUGGCAUUUGUAGAAGAACAGGAGCAGCAGAGCAGAUUUCUUUGGAAUACAUCAGCCUUCCCAGGCUCCUCGGGGAUACGUGUGCAUUUUUGCUCAGAAUUCGCUUUGGCAUUGAGAAUGAAAUUCUACUGUGUCUGUGGGAUUUUCUGAGUUUGGGCAGUCGCAAAACGAGUGCAGAGCUUUCGCUGCCUAACCCAUAUGUGGGUCUCAGUCGCCUCUCACGGCUGUGCUCCGGAAGGUUGAGGUGCCUUGCCACAUUCGCAGGGAUCUUAGUCUUAGCUGUCCAAGGACGCAACGUUUCCUAAAUCAACAAUUUUGCAAACUUGGUCUAAGAAAGAAUGCACCUCCUUGUCUUUCAUCUCUUCACCAGCUCGGCUCUGUUGAAAAUGCAGGAAGGUGGGUAAGGCUCCACCUGGGAAGACCACAUUCUGGAAGUUCCAGCUUUGCACUUUCUGUGCAAUCCCUGUUUUGUGUGGAUUUCUCCUCUGGGUCUUGCAGUUUUUUGUGUGUGAUCAGAAACAGCCCAGGAGUUGACUUUGAGAAUGAAUGGUGAUGUUCUCUAGCCAUUCAUAACAUCAUCCUGCACCAGCCUUCCAUCUGCAGUCCUAAUUCAAUGUACUGCAGCUGACUGGGACUCUUGGAUCUUCAACAAAGAGUGGCUGCCAGCAGUGGGUGACAGUCAGAUAUGACUGUCCAGAAACUGGUAGCUACAGCUGUGUUGGUAGCUCUGGUCUCCCUUAUCCUCAACAACGCUGCUGCCUUCACCCCCAACUGGGUGUACCAGACCCUGGAGGAUGGACGUAAGCGCAGUGUGGGGCUGUGGAAGAUGUGCUGGCUGGCAGAGAAGGGAAGAGGAGGUGCUGGCACAGGUGCCAGGCAUGGGCAAGGGGCGGAGCGUGAAUGUGAAUCCUUGGGCUGGGGUUCAGAGCCAGCUGGAUUCCAGGAAUCGCGUAGCACUGUCAAACUGCAAUUUGACAUGAUGCGAGCCUGUAACAUGAUUGCCACAGUGGCUCUGACAGCUGGUCAGCUCCUCUUCAUGCUGGGGUUAAUAGAACUGCCCAUCAUCCCUCAAGAUACCCAGUGGUGGGAAGAAGCCAUCGCUGCCGUGUUCCAGCUUGCCAGCUUUGUUCUGGUCAUUGGGCUGGUGACCUUCUAUCGCAUUGGACCCUACACUAGCCUCUCCUGGUCUUGCUACCUGAACAUUGGAGCUUGCCUACUGGCCACACUGGCUGCUGCCAUCCUCAUAUGGAACAUCCUUCACCGACGGGAAGACUGCAUGGCACCUAGAGUCAUCGUUAUCCGCCGCACCCUAACUGCUCGCUUCCGACGUGGUCUGGAGAAUGACUAUGUUGAGUCACCAUGUUGAGAACAUGGGGUGAAAAGAGGAAGAUUCUCCAGAGGAGAAGUUUUACAAAAUGGAUUCAUUUCUAUAAAUAUGAAAUGUAAUUUAAAUGUUGAAGAAAAUCACAAUGUUCACUUUUCAAUUAAAGAAGCCCAGCAUUAUUA